GCGAAGCCACCGCCGGCCCAUGCGAUGCGAGCGCGCGUUGACGACGUAGUACUAGCAUAUACGUAGUAUGAUAUGCGCGCGGCCGGGAAAGGCGGGUGAGUUCCGCGUCGCGUCCUCGGCUCGGCGCGCGCGCGCGCGCGGCGCGGGUGGUUUACGCAAGCUGAGCUGCCGCCGCGCGGCUUGCUAGUUAGCGUCAAAUCGAUCGGUUCGAGCCCUGCAAUAGGAGUCCCACGCAAGCAACUCCUUCCUCCUCUUAACCACGCCCUCUCUCACCGUCGUCUUCCUCAAUUCCCUCUACCCCUCACCGCCCGCACGCGCGCGCUGCCUAGCUAACACAAACCGCCAUUGCUUCCCCUCCUCCUCCUUGCCGCCGUGCUUAGCUUGCUGUUUGUAGCUUGUUGGCUAGAGAGGUCGUCGUACGCCGGUGGCUGGCGAUCGCCGGCCGGCCGGUGGUCCAUGACUAACGGUGCCGCGAGCUGCCAGCCUGCAGCGCGGUGGACAUGAGCCGGCGACUCGGCGCCGCGGCCGCCGUCCUCCUCCUGUGGCUCGCCGUGCUCACCUUCGCCUUGCACGGCUACUACGGCGGCCGCCUCGGCUCCGCGAGGCGGCGGAAUAUCCUCCUCCAACACCCGGCGCUAGCGCUCCAUCUCCCCACCAGGAAGAUGCUCCUCGCCGUGGCGAGCUUCGACGACGCCUCCUCGCCGUCGUCGUUGACGACCACCGAUCGUCAUCAUCACCAUCACAGGCAUCAUGGCCACCACCAUCAUCGCGGCCAUGAUCGGUGGAACAGGAAGGGUGUCCCGCCGACGGCAGCUGGGCCGGGCGAGGAGGUCGACCCGCGGUUCGGCGUGCAGAAGAGGCUGGUCCCGACGGGCCCCAACCCCCUGCACCAUUGAUGCCGGCGGCUCGCCAUUGAUGGGUGCUCGAGUUUUUCUGCGGUGAGUCACGCGCACAUAUACACUACUACACCGUUCUUGUUGUGUUCAUCGAUCGACCAAAGGCUAGCUAGCUAGCUAGCACAGUAAUAUUGAUUCCAAUUCCAACCUGUGGAUGAAUUCAAGAAAGCAUUGCCGAUGUGUGUGUGCUCUUGCAUGUAUGUACCACGAUCAUAUCAGAAAGCUUCAAAACAAGAGGAGAAAAAGAAAUGUUACUAGCUAUAGUACAUAUAGUAGUUGUGUUGAGGAGAGAACUAAUUAAUGGAUAUGCCUGUUCCUUUCAAAAAAAAAAUCACAUCAUUCUUUGCUAUUUGUUGUCUAGUUUAAUUAUCUCCAUUAUUACAGCCAAGGCAUCCUUUGGAAUUAAUGUGGGAUUUUAUCCUAUUCCUACAUAAGCCGAACUGAUCACUAUUGUUCAUUUCUUGUGUUUCAAAGAAGGCGGAAAUAUGUAUGGAAUAAGAAAAAAAUAAUGAUAUGCGCA